UUUCUUUUUUAGUCUGGGGGUUUUGUUUUGGUAGUCUGAGCUCUGCAAACUAGUUUGAAUCAGUCCUGUCCAGUGAUGUAUUUCUGGGCCAGAUACAUUGCAAAUACUUAAUAAAUACGUGUUGAAGCUUGGGUCACCAGGGGGUAGCAGGCCAGGAAGACAACAGUUUAUGGAUCAGGUGAGGCCUCGGAUGUGGUUGAAACAUCUGCAAAGCCUGCUGCCUUCUCCAGCCUCAGCCCUGGGGAAAUGACGGCCAGGCUGUUCCCCUUCCUGCCUGGCUGCUGAUGUGACAACCCCAUGACCAGGCAGACCAGCCUCCGAGUGGCCACACCCUGUGCUUCUGUCUGUCCUCCAAGCACCAAGGUCCCUCCAUCUGCACAACAGGGACAGAGGCAGGAGACAUCAUGACCCCCACCCUCACGACCCUGCUUCUCCUCGGGCUGAGUGUGGAACCCAGGACCCGAGCGCAGGCAGGGACCCUCCCCACACCCUCCCUCUGGGCUGAGCCAGGCUCUGUGGUCCCCCGGGGUAGCGCUGUGACCAUCUGGUGUCAGGGAAUCCUGGAGGCCCACGAGUUCCAUCUGAAUAAAGACGGACACACAGUGCCCUGGGACAGACAGAAGCCACUGGAGCCUGGGAACAAAGCCAAGUUCUCCAUCAGCUACGCAACAGAGCAGUAUGCAGGCCGAUAUCACUGUUCCUGUCAAAGCCCCACUGGCUCCUCAGAGGGCAGUGACCCCCUGGAGCUGGUGGUGACAGGUUUCCAUGCCGAACCCACUCUCUCAGCUCUGCCCAACCCCAUGGUGACUUCAGGAGGGAAGGUGACCCUCCAGUGCACCUCACGGACGGGAUUCCAUAGGUUCGUCCUGAUGAAGGAAGGAGAACCCAGACCCGUCUGGACCCUGGACUCUCAGAAACCCACCAGUGGACAGUUCCAGGCCCUGUUUCUUGUGGGCCCUGUGAUCCUCAGCGCCAGGUGGACGUUCAGAUGCCAUGGCUAUUUCAACAACACUCCCCAGUUGUGGUCACACCCCAGUGACCCCCUAGAACUGCUGGUCUCAGGUAUGUCCAGGAAGCCCUCCCUCCUGACCCAGCAGAGCCCUGUCGUGACCCCUGGACAGAGGCUGACCCUCCAGUGUCGCUCUGACGUCGGCUAUGACAGAUUCGCUCUGUACAAGGAGGCGGCACGUGACCUUCCCCAGCACCUUAGCCUGCAGCCCCAGGCUGGGCUCUCGGGGGCCGACUUCCCCCUGGGCCCAGUGAGCGGCUCCCACGGGGGCCGGUACACGUGUUAUGGUGGACACAACCUCUCCUCCGAGUGGUCGGCCCCCAGUGACCCCCUGGACAUCCUGGUCACAGGACAGCUCUCCUACACACCCUCCCUCUCGGUGCAGCCAGGACCCAUGGUGGCCUCAGGAGAGAAUGUGACCCUGCUGUGUCAGUCCUGGAGCUUUGUGGACACUUUCCUUCUGUCCAAGGAGGGGGCAGCCGACCCUCCCCUGCGUCUUAGAUCAAAGUACCGAGCUGGGCAUUACCAGGCCAAAUUCUCCAUGAAUCCUGUGACCUCAGCCCAGGGGGGGACCUACAGGUGCUACGGCUCAUACAGCACUUCCCCCCACCUGUUGUCACACCCCAGUGACCCCCUGGAGCUCCAGGUCUCAGGAUCCUCUGGAGAGCCCGGCCCCCCAGCCACAGAUCCCAGCUCAACAGCUGGUCCCAACCUGUACGUCCUCCUCGGGGCCGCGGGGGCCUUCGUCCUGCUGCUCUGCCUCCUCGUCGUCCUCCUCGUCCGUCGCCGGCGUCAGGGCAAAGGCAGGAAGCCGGGGGCCGCAGACCCAGAGCCCCAGGACAGAGGCCUGCAGGACAGCUCCGGGCCGGCUGCCGCCACCCAGGAGGAGACCCUCUCAGAUGCCUCCGUGCAAGACGCACAGCCCGAGGAGGGGGUGGAGCUGGACCAGCGGCAGGACGCGGAGGAUGGAGACCCCCAAGGAACGACGUAUGCCCAGGUGAGCCACUCAAGAUCAAGACUCAGUCGCGGACCGGCCACUUCUCCUUCCCCCCUGUGGGGGGGAUUGCCGGACACAGAAGACAAACAAGCAGAGGAAGACAGGCAGAUGGACAGUCAGGCUGCCGCAUCUGACGUCCCCCCAGAUGUGACCUACGCCCAGCUGAACCGCUUGACGCUCAGACGGGAGACGAGUGCACCCCAUUCCUCCCAAGCCGGGGAGCCUCCAGCAGAGCCCAGCGUGUAUGCUGCUCUGGCCAUCCGCUAGCCCAGGAAGGACCCACACCCCACACUCCAGGGAGGGGACCGCGGGGACCCCAGGAGGCGCAGGAGCUGCCCACAGAGGCCACCUAAUGGCCCCAGCCAGCUUGGACUCCUAACAUAGACCAGUAAGAACUCCUGGGACCCUCUGGGAGUGACCGGAUUCUGCCAUCAAAGAUAGCUAGAGCCCCUACAUUUUGGAAAUAAAGCAACAGACUUCUCGAUAA